AGGGAAUACAAAUCCACCCACUGGGUACGAGUGAGAAGUCACCAAAACAUGAGCUAGGAGAGGCUUCUAAAGGAGAUCCUGCCUACUCGAAAAAUCUUUCUUAUUUUUCUUAUUUUUUUUUUAAUUGAGAAGCUACGUGUCUGCCAUUUUUUUAAUUUCUAAGUUUAUUUAAAGGGAAACCAGUGGCUUGAAGAUGAGACUAAAUAUUGCCAUUUUCUUUGGGGCUCUCUUUGGUGCUUUGGGGGUUUUACUCUUUUUGGUGGCUUUUGGAUCGGAUUACUGGCUUCUUGCAACUGAAGUGGGGAAGUGUUCAGGUGAACAGAAUAUAGAGAAUGUCACUUUCCACCAUGAAGGAUUCUUCUGGAGAUGUUGGUUUAAUGGGAUUGCGGAAGAGAAUGAUUCCAGUAUCUGGAAGUUCUGGUACACCAAUCAGCCACCGUCCAAGAACUGCAUGCACGCUUACCUGUCACCAUAUCCCUUCACGAGAGGGGAACACAAUUCAACCUCCUAUGACUCUGCUGUUAUUUACCGUGGUUUCUGGGCAGUCCUGAUGCUUCUGGGGGUCGUCGCCGUGGUGACUGCAAGCUUUCUGAUCAUCUGUGCAGCCCCCUUCGCGAGCCAUGUUCUCUAUAAAGCCGGCGGAGGCGGGUACAUUGCUGCAGGCAUCCUGUUUUCCCUGGUGGUGAUGCUGUAUGUCAUCUGGGUCCAAGCAGUGGCUGACAUGGAAGGCUACAAAAACAUGAAAAUGAGAGACUGCUUGGAGUUCACCCCUUCUGUUCUCUAUGGCUGGUCAUUUUUUCUGGCCCCAGCGGGGAUAUUUUUUUCUUUGCUAGCAGGAUUACUAUUUCUAGUUAUUGGACGGCAUAUUCAGAUACAUCACUAAUCAAACAGUUGCCUCCCAUGUUUUCUUGAGCAUAUUCAGAUACAUCACUAAUCAAACUGUUGCCACCCAUGUUUUCUUGAGAGGUUUUAGAAGAGAGAAUUUUUUUUUUCAUUUUGUUUUGGUGAUCCCAGCAUAGAAUUAGUUGGUGAGCUAUUUAGUUGCUAUUUGAAGUUCACUUUUAUAUUUUACUUGUGAUUUCCCCUAAUAGGAAGGUCCUAGAGUCUUUCCCAACAGCCACAUGUGUCCAUCUCACAUAGGUGCUAUCAAGAACCUAGUUCUGUAAGGAGCAGGUAACAUGGGCCUCCCUUUCAUUGCACCUGUUAAAGCUCACGCAGGUUACAAAGGCCUGUUAAUGGCAUAACACCACCACCUGGGCCAAUGAAGCUUUGAUUGAAAGCUUCCUUCUUGGCGUUCACUUCUGCUGCUAUUAAAAAAAAAAUCUUUGGAGAAUAAUUAAGAACAGAAUAUAAAUGUUGUCAGAGAACUUACUCCAUUUCUUCUCCACACACAUGCGUAUCCCCAUACACAUUCACUGACUCCUGUGAGCCAAUUAUUUAUGACUUAAAAAUAGAUAGCAGUGUGCUAUCAGUUAAACACAUUGGCUGGAAUGGGCCACAACCAGACUGAGAAUGUGUGCUUAUUCCACAUUCUCCCCAACAGUGGUUUGGUUACUUACUUAAUCACCUAGGUUACUUAAUUGUGCAUGCUUACAUAAACCUUAAACUAUGUUUAAAAGUGGCAAAUCUGCACUGCCAAAUUACAUAUGAUGCAGACUGGGUUUUCACGAGCUCAGUGGAUUAAUUAUAUGUAACAUGGCUGAAAAUAUGUAACAACCAAGCACCUUAGCUUAGUUCAGAGUUCUGUUUGAUAUUUUAAAAUUCCUAUUUAAAAUUAUAGGCUAAUAUGUUCAGCAUGUGAAAAUUUAUCGAUGAAAUGUGCUUUUAAUAUGCACUAGCUAUAAACUUUCAAAAUAUUUCCACAUGAAAUAAUAGCCUUGCUGUAUUAAAGACCAUGAAAUAGUAACUUUCCCCAAGAUUUUCUAGGUUGUAGUUCUUCUGAUAAUUUGAUUCCCUUAAUUAUUGUCUCUCAGUUCCUUCAUCUUUACAAUAGGUAUUUUAACAUUUACAGAUCUGCUAUUUCCUUUAACCUCCUGGAAGAAAACUUUGUGCUGGUUGGUGAAUAAUUCUUUCUUACUUGCUAGUGUAGACAUGUAGAUGUUUUGCAUAUCAAAGAUGUUUGUUUGGCACUAAUUUUCGUUGAAAUCAAAUCCAUCUGAGAAGCCCACGUUGCAUUUGCAUCUUGGAAACCUCCACCAAGGAGCAGUUUGGUGUUGGUGAGGGAACAGAGAACCUGUGUGGUAUGAGAGCUUUGUUCUGGACACAGCAUUUUGCUCUGCGGCCCUUGUGAAUACCUAAGGCAGGACUCAGAGACAAAUUAAGAGUGACCACCGAGAAGAUGCUGUGGGAUAGAGGGGCUAUUGCUUUCCAUUCCUCGGUUCCCCUGAUGGAGAGAUCGCCUGUCUUCUUACACAUCUAUCCUUUCCGUUAACCUGUUUCAGUGGGAGGGAUUUCUGGAGGGAUCACCACCGUCUGAGGUAUCUGCAGAAUCAUGAGGGCAUUUUAAUGUUUAGUGACAGGAUUCGCAUGCAAUAAAAACCAAACACAAGAAUACAAGACAAAAAAAAAGCUUCAGGGGUUUAACUGGUUUCUCAAGCCAUCUGAGUUAUAUCAUAAAUGUUUUUUGUGAUCCUUGCCUUUGUCUUUUUCUGUUUUCAUUUUUAUAUUGCUCCGUUUACUUUGCUUUUGGCUUGAUUAUUAGAAAAAUAAUUAUGGGUUCUGUUAUGCAUAUUUGCUGUGAUAUUAAGUUAUGGCAUGCCAUUAAGUUUUCCAGACGAUGCUAGAUGUAUUUGAUUAGUUCAUGUCAUCUGUAAAUACAAUUCCUUUUUGUAGAACUUUGGAAUGGAGCCUUUUUUCUAGUGUAUUAUAUGUCAUUUAAAUUUCACAUACAAGCUGCUUUCAGUAAAGGUUUGAAUAUUUAUAAAUUUCA